AGGUGCUGUGUUUGUGUGGACUCUAUCCAUGGCAGGAUCUACACGAAGGCCGCAGAGCGCGAGAAGCACAUCAUCUGCCGUCUCUUUCAACUCAUCUGGAGUCAAUGUGAAGAAUUUGCUCCGGGAUCCGGAUCAGAGCUCUGUCGCAGACUCGGAGUCUUCGACUCCCAGAAAGAAAUGCUUCGGCUCUAGCGGGAUGAGGGACGUCUUCAACGGUGAGAGCGAGAAGCAGAGCGCCGAGUCGCACGCCAAGUUGCGCAACAUCACUGGUUGCAACCUCCAUGACAUUGACCUGAAAAACACCUUCCAGAACAGGAAGAACGUUUCGAGUGGGCCCGAGCAGGAGUACACGUACAAGAAGAACCGGGGGGAUGCGCCGAGAUGGUAUCAAGGUUCUCCCAACACCAUCCUCGAUCCAGACUCAAGGACUGCAAGUAGCCAGAGGAAGACGUUUGGGAAGAAGUAUGAGACGAGCGGUGAUAUCAUCCGAGAUCCUCCUCAGGAAGCAGAGAGAAAGAGCCGGAAACAAGCCGAUCGAGGGAGGACACAGUUGGUGGACCACGGGGACAUCAUCAGCGGAAGGGAUCAGACUGUGAUCCACUCUUCGGGGAAGAGGCAGACAGGCGCAUCGAGUGCGGCUGCGCACAAAAGCACGCUAUCCCUGCUCAAGUGGGACGAGGGCGGCCGAAGGAAUGUCAAUGAAGGGCAAGAUGGCAUGGGGACACCUCAACCCAAGAGUGCGCGCAUGCCUGCGGCCAACUCGAGCUCACAGGUGCAGCGAGUGCUGACGGAGAACUUCCAGCCACAGAGA